CGGGUACGGAGUCGUUUUCCUCCAACUUCUAUCCAUCCACACCGACAAUUAGUUGAACGAUAUUUGUACUUCAGUCUUCUUGUCCGAUACCACCUCUCCCCUCUUCAGAUCUUUUUUUCACUCGCACUCUUACUCUCAAAUUCAUUGCAUUUCCAAUCAAAAGUUAAUUUCUCAAAAUGGACAGGGAUUCAUCGGACGAAGACGACGAUCGCGAGACGCUAAUAGAGCAAAACGACAGGAAGCACAAUCACCACAACAAUAACAGCAACCAUAACCACCAUCAACCUGUCCCCACUUCUUCUCCCCAGCGUCGAUCCUCCUCUACCUUCCACAUUGAGGAGCUCCAAUCCAUUGGAGGUUCUAUACGCCGCCAUUUUUCCCGUAACUUUAAUAAGAGGUACUACUAUUACUUGUUGGCCAUUUUCCUUCCUCUCUUAAUCGUCGUUGUUUAUUACUCCGCCGAGUUAAGGAGUCUUUUCUCCUCUAAUCUCUCCGCUUUCAGGGUCGAUUCUAUUUCUGACAAAAUGAGAGAGGCUGAGUUGCAAGCUCUUUACUUACUUCGCCAACAGCAGCUCUCUCUCUUGUCUCUAUUAAACCAAUCGUUUCCUUUUCAUAAUAAUAGCGAGAAUAUUUCGCUUUCCAAUUCCAAUUUUAGUGUUAAUUCUAAUUCCAGUCACAAUUCCAAUUCCAAUUUUUUCAAUAACUUAGAGGAAGAAGGUUUGAGAUUCAAGAUUGAAGAUUUCAGAUCCGCACUUCUCAAUCAGCUUACUCUAAAUAAACAGAUUCAACAAGUUCUCUUGUCCCCUCACAAUUCUGGAAAUGUAAAUAUAUCUACUUCGGAUGUCGAUAGCGCUGCUAGUUUUCUGGGUUCUGGUUUUGGUUACGAUAGGUGCAGGAAAGUGGAGUCGAGAUUCUCGGAUAGGAAGACUAUAGAGUGGAAACCCAGAUCAGAUAAGUUCUUGUUUCCCAUUUGUUUAUCUGGGCAGAUGAGUAACCAUUUGAUUUGUUUGGAAAAGCAUAUGUUUUUUGCAGCCCUGUUGAAUCGGGUUUUGGUAAUACCAAGUUCUAAAUUUGAUUACCAGUAUAGUAGAGUAUUGGAUAUUGAACAUAUAAAUCAGUGUUUGCGGAGAAAGGUGGUAGUCACAUUCGAAGAGUUUGCGCCAAUGAGGAAGAAUCAUGUGCAUAUUGAUCGGUUCAUAUGUUACUUCUCUUUGCCUACUCCGUGUUAUGUGGAUGAAGACCAUGUUAAGAAGUUGAAGGGAUUGGGGAUUUCAAUGGGGAAGCUCGAGUCCCCUUGGAAGGAGGAUGUUAAAAAGCCAAGUAAGAAGACAGUUCAGGAUGUGCAGACUAAGUUUACUUCCAAUGAUGAUGUCAUUGCUAUUGGGGAUGUGUAUUUUGCUGAUUUGGAGCAGGAGUGGGUGAUGCAGCCUGGUGGUCCUCUUGCUCACAGAUGCAAAACUUUGAUUGAACCAAGUAGGCUCAUAUUGCUUACUGCCCAGCGAUUUAUUCAAACUUUCUUGGGGAAGAACUUCAUUGCACUCCAUUUUCGACGCCAUGGCUUCUUGAAGUUCUGCAAUGUCAAGAAGCCGAGUUGCUUUUAUCCCAUUCCUCAGGCUGCAGAUUGCAUUGCACGGGUGGUUGAAAGAGCCAAUGCACCUGUGAUAUACCUCUCUACUGAUGCAGCAGAAAGUGAAACUGAUUUAUUACAGUCACUAAUUGUAGUGAAUGGGAAAACUGUACCACUUGUCAAACGUCCAUCCCAUACUUCAGUUGAGAAAUGGGAUGCUUUGUUAUCCAGACAUGGCAUUGAUGGCGACCCUCAGGUGGAAGCUAUGCUUGAUAAGACAAUUUGUGCUAUGUCAAGUGUUUUCAUCGGAGCCUCUGGAUCCACUUUCACUGAGGACAUUUUGCGCCUGCGGAAAGAUUGGGAAUCAACAUCUCUAUGUGAUGAAUACCUCUGCCAAGGUGAAUUGCCAAACUUUAUAGCAGAAGAUGAAUGAAGAUGUGUGGAGACUCUGAGUGAUUAUUUCUGCCAUCCACUGUCAUUCCUUGUGAAGAUGCUUUAAGGCUAAUUAUCAGCAAGACUGGAUUGUUGUCUUUUGCCUGAACAGCCAUUGGUGUUGAUUGUAUCUUAAUGUAUGAUAACAGCUGCUAUAUUUUGCACAUAAGUUUCUCUUCAUUGUUUUCAUGGUUGAGAAUUAUUUUUGUAACUCACAUCAUAGUAGUUCUUAAAGUACAACAGCUGAAGAGACUGUUUUGUUAGUUACUCUUCUUAUUCUUACUCUGUUGUUAAUGAUGACUUCCGAUUCUUUAAA